AUGUCAACAAACAACGUUGAGUACUAUAUAGCAUGGAUCAAGCUGUUCAAAGACGAAAUAUGUCAAAGUUUGAUGACAUUUACUGAUGAAUGGAAAUUUCUGGAGCCCUUAUUUGAAUCCGACAAGAUUUUACGAUAUCAAGAGAUGCUGAAAGAGAUUGGGGACCUGAAUGAAGAGGAUACCUCUAAAUUGGAAGAGUUGGUCAACUUUUUGUGGAUGGAAAUGGUUGAUACGAGGAAUUGUGACAAUUUAUAUGCUGUCUUGUUGGAGUAUUUGAAUAAUAGUAAGUUUAAGUGCUCUAGCCUUAGCUUAACCCUACCUUUAGCUCCAGCUUUAAUUUUACUUAGCCUUAGCUCAGUCUGAGCCUAGCUUUAGCUCUAGCUUUAGCCCUAUUUUCAGCCCAGGGCCAUAUCCCAGCGUUAGUCUUAAUCCUAGUCUAAGCCCUAUCUUUAACCAUAUCCUAGCUUUGUCCCAACCUCAGCUUAGCCCAGCCUGAGCCCAGAGCUUUAGCCCAAAGCCCUUGCCUUGGAAUCAAAAACAUUAAACUUUAGGCUUAACGUCAAUGUUUUAGGCUUAAAAUUUGAAAAAUUAAAUUUUUAAGCUUAUCUUAAAAAGCUUAGUUUUAUAGUGUAGCCUUUGUAGGGCUUGUUCUAGCCCAGAGCUUUAGCCCAGAGCCCUAGCCCAGAGCCCUAGCUCAGAGCCCUAGCCCAGAGCCCUAUCUCAGAGCCCUAGCCCAGAGCCCUAGCUCAGAGCCCUAGCCCAGAGCCCUAGCCCAGAGCCCUAGCUCAGAGCCCUAGCCCAGAGCCCUAGCUCAGAGCCCUAGCCCAGAGCCCUAGCUCAGAGCCCUAGCCCAGAGCCCUAGCUCAGAGCCCUAGCCCAGAGCCCUAGCUCAGAGCCCUAGCCCAGAGCCCUAGCUCAGAGCCCUAGCCCAGAGCCCUAGCUCAGAGCCCUAGCCCAGAGCCUUAGCCUAGAGUCCUAGUCCAGAGCGCUAGCCUAGAGCUUUAGCCCAGAGCCUAGCCGAGAGCAGGGUUACUGUCCUACCGUCUUCUAGACUAAAAUUAACUUAUAUUUUUACUUUUUAAUUUCCAGCCAAUCCCCAAGUCCGUGAACUGGUCGACAUCACACCAUCAGAUCAAGUCGACAAAGAGAACGAGAAGCCCUCUCUAGCGCGAUGGCUAAAAAUCAUGAAUAUUGUCACCACUUUCUACAAUGACAUUGAUGUUAAAGUAGCCUUAAGCUACAUGGAAUCGUAUUCAGAUUCAAUCAAAACAGCCUUAUCACCAAUUAACUUGAAGCUCAAGAACAAUGUCAUUGAUCUCGAGACGGCGAAAAGAAAAUUCUUGAGAAAUUCGGUACUAUUUGGACCAAACGCGGAGUUACACUUGUUGAAGUGCCUUUGGGAGCAAGGUGGAGCGGUUCAAUGUAAAGUUCGGAAGUUCAGCCAUGAUUUCGAACGGAAAUAUGGUGAGUAUAGUGAUUAGAUGGGUAUGUAUAUAAAAAAAUAUAAGAGUGGUUUUUUGGUAUUUUUUUGAUGACAAGAAAAUUUUGUCGUUUUUUAACGGGAAAAUCAGCUUAAAUUGGCGACAAGACUUUUUGAGGUUUUAAUAUUGGAUUAUAUGUAUUAGCGUGGGGGGGGGGGAAUUCCCCAGGAAAAAAAUAAAAAUAACGUUGAACGUGGUUUCCCUUGUGGGUUUUUAGAAAAAAAAAUUUGGUAAGCUUAUCCCGAUUUUUUCGAACUUCAAGAGGGGCUAAAGUUAGGGCUAUAAAUAGAGCUAGGGCUAGAUAGAAUAUAGUUUCGGGGUUGAUUCACCCCCCAGAACCUAUACGAAAAACAUUUGUCAGGUAACUGUACUUAAAAAAAAUAGAAAAAAAUUAAAAAUUCUAUAUUUAUUAAUUUUAGUGUGAUAAAAGCAUAUUUAAAAAAUUGCAUUUUAUAACUUUUUUAAUUUUAGCUGUGGCCAUCGAAGCUGAAAGUAGACGUAAGUUUUUGCUUUGUUAAACAAAAUAAUAGGUAUGGUAAAAUACGUUUGGUAACUCAAAAUUUUAAAUUUUUUUGUUUAGUGAACUAAAUUUGUUAUAAAAAACUGUCGUUAUUUAAACUAAAAAAAGGUACGUUUUGGCAAAAAUUUUAAUUUUAUUUUAUAAUUUUGAAUAGGUGUUUUUGUUUAAAAUUGGAUUUUUUUGGUCAUCAGAAAUUUUUUAGCUAAUCUAUGUCUGGUAAACGCUGAUAUCCCAGCUUUGGAGGCCAUGAAAAGGCUGAUUGAAGCUCCGCCAAAAAAUGACCCAUUGAAGUCGGCCAACUUCCCCGACUUGCAAAGACGUUCAAGUUGA